AUGGCGACUGCAAUAGACCAAGCGCCCGGUGGUGGAAACUUGGGCUCCCGCGCUUCACUUCCGGGCAACGUUGAGACACAGACCAUUUCCACCGAAGCAUUCGAGACACCGCGCACAUCUCUUGACAAUGACAACAACCCACGGCAUCUCUCUACGUCGUCUCCACUGUCACCAGUGACCUCCCCGCCGUAUUGGCUGAACACACGCGGUGGACAUCAACGGACGAUUUCGAACAUGUCGACCGAAUCGUUUCUUCCAGCUGGCGCCAUUACACUUCGUGACAAUGAAGCGAGCGACCUCGAUGACCGUAACAGUGCUUGUUGGGCCAAAAGUGUUGAGAUCGCCAAUCAUACCGUAGUCAAUGGCAGCGCGACAAAUAUCGGGGCAUUCGUAGUGUGGAACAUACGUGUCGAAACUCUCAAUGGAAGCUUUAUGAACAUUCGAAAACGUUAUUCGGAGUUUGAUGAUUUUCGAUAUCGGCUGGUUCAGACCUUUCCCGGCUUUGAGGCGGCUGUUCCGGCCCUUCCGCCUAAGAGUGUUAUCUCAAAAUUUCGACCUCGAUUUUUGGAAAAGAGACGGGCUGGUCUACAAUACUUUCUCAAUUGCAUAUUACUGAAUCCAGAGUUUUCUGGGUCGCCUGUACUCAAGGAGUUCCUCUUUGCAUAA